AUGAGAGACGUGACGGAGGUGGAGUGGAACCGAUAUGGAUACCUUGUAAAAGUGCUUCAUGAGGCAAAAGACAUGUCCAAGGUUCUAGGAUGCACUGGAACUAUAGUUUCACCAUCUCUAGUGCUGACGUCUGCAAAAUGCUUUGGUGAUGAAGCAGAUGGGAACUCCCUUGUAAUUUACUCAAAAGGAACAUCCUAUAGAAAGCGCAUGGUCAGCUCUGUGGUGAUGGCGGGUGAUUUUGCCAUCCUGGAGUUUCAUCGAAUCAGAGAUGAGAUGUGCCCCAGCGCUCCUGCGCCAGUUCGAUUGAGUCGAUUACCCAUUGAGAUCACUUUGACCAGUUCUCCAUGGAAGAGCAUUAACCUUGACAAGUUGCCCAAGAAGAAAUGCCGAAUCACUGGUUUCGAGACAUCAAAUGUUACAAACUUUUCUUCCGUGCACAAAACACUACAAACCGAUGUGCAAGUAGUGAUUGAUGACGAUGUUGUGACAGUCGAUGUUGCCGGCGACAGCCCUGUGUGUUGGGAUGAUAUCGGUGUACCACUUGAAUGCAUGUUGGACAACAAGAGCUGGACUCAAGUUGGAUUACUACAAUCAGUAACUAGAAUUGUAGAAGAUGAAGAGAACCCCAGUACGUCUGAAUGUGGCGACAUAACGAGUCUUGUUUUUACGAUAUUCUCCGAUGAAACGAUUGCUAAAUCUCUGGAGGAUCAUACCGUCGAUGUGCUCAGCUGGUCAAAGAAAUGUUUUGAUGCUUCUCGAUUAGAAUCAGAUGAACCAUCCGAGUAA